AUGUCACAGAAUACAUCUCCGUUUCAAGUGUCUUCAUUGCUGCAUUCAGGAUACCAUCAUCCAACUCUACGUAGCUGGCAACAAAGUACUGGAGGCAUAUCUUUCAUCACCAAAGAAAGUCUGGUUUUUCCCAUCUUCAUUCAUGAUAAACCCGAUGUGAAGGAAGCCAUUCCAACUCUUCCUGGACAAUUCCGUAGAUUCGGUGUGAAUACACUCAAGGAUCACUUUGAUCCUCUAAUCAAAAAAGGUCUGGCCAGCAUCAUCAUCUUUGGAGUGCCAACAUCAAUCGAAAAGGACGGUCGUGGAUCUGCUGCUGAUGACGAGAAUGGGCCAGUUAUUCAAGCCAUCAAAUUGUUUCGUAAGCACUUUCCCUCGGUGCUUGUGUGUUGCGAUCUGUGUCUUUGUGCAUAUACUAGCCAUGGUCACUGCGGCAUCCUCCACUCUAACGGUAGUAUUGAUAAUCAACUGAGCAUUGAUCGUCUUGCUCAAGUUGCUUUAAACUAUGCUAAAGCAGGCUGCCAAGUCAUUGCUCCAUCUGACAUGAUGGAUGGACGUAUUCGUGCCAUCAAGCACAUUCUUUUGUUGAACCAAUUGGGUUCGUCUGUUUCAGUUAUGAGCUAUAGUGCCAAGUUUGCAAGUGUCUUUUAUGGUCCUUUCAGAGAUGCUGCGUGUUCUGCUCCAUCUGCUGGAGAUCGCAAAUCAUAUCAACUUCCUCCAGGUGCUCGUGGACUUGCACGUCGUGCACUGAGCCGUGAUGCUUCAGAAGGUGCAGACAUGAUCAUGGUGAAGCCUGGAUACCCUUAUUUGGAUAUUGUACGCGAUGCCAAGGAGCUUGUUCCUGAUUUGCCAUUGGCAAUCUACCAGGUUUCGGGUGAGUAUGCCAUGCUUUGGCAUGCAGCUCAGCAUAACGUGUUUGAUCUCAAAGCUGGCGUAAUGGAAUCUCUUGAAUCGGCCAUGCGUGCUGGUGCCAAUAUUCUUAUUACCUAUUACACCCCAAUGAUUCUGGAUUGGCUAUCUGAAUAA